AUGACGCUUACCACUUCGGCGCCGAUGCUCCGGUCAACUAGUAUUCCAGUCAAAAGCGCCGCCGAUCCUGUUCCGUCGACCUCAACGGAGCCAACGGUGGUGACGUCACGACGCUCCUCGUCUGGCGGUUCGGGCGGUCCGGCGAGCAGAAAACCGCCCAAUAUGCAUAUUAAUAUACCCGCAGGUACUUGGAUAGUGUUGGAAGCACAAUUUGUAUCCAGGCGCUGUGAUUUUGCCACAAAACUGGAGCUCAAAACCGUUCAAACGCAGUGAAAUACAAAAAUUCCCGGUCCCUAAAGGCUCAGAGGUCAAUUUUGACCAAAAAAACCAGUUUUUAUGCCUCUCAGCUGGUGCACAAUAUUAGAUUAGAUGGACACUUUGCAACCGGUGGGAAAUGGCCUCAGUCUGGUUGCAAAGUGUCCGAUGACUGAAAACUUGUGAAAUGGUAACUUGUUUUUUUUGUUGGUAUUUUCACUAGCUGGUUGCAUUAUUUUCCAUGACUCUAUUAAAACAAUUUCAAGGAUCCGGAAGUGUUGAAACCGAAAAGUACAAAAUUUGUGUUUCACGCGGUCCUCAACUGUUGGAUGAGGGCGUUUUUAACAGAGUUGAGCGGAAUAACUUAACGGAAGAACACGGAAGAAUUUUUAUCUUUUUUAGAAAUUUUUUUCAUGGAAUGUGAUCAAUUGACGAAAUGUAUAGCAAAGUGAACUGUGCUCAUAGAAAAAUAAUUGUAAAUUUAGCUUUUCAUACAAAAAAGUUAUUCGAGUUGUUCCGUGGAAAAGGGGGCGAACGGAAGACAACUCGCGUAACUUUUUUGUAUGAAAAGCUAAAUUUACAAUUAUUUUUCUAUAAGCAGAGUUCACUUUGCUUUACAAUUCGUCAGUUGAUCACAUUUCAUGAAAAAAAUUUUUUUCUAAAAAAAUAUAAAAAAAUUCUUCCGUGUUUUUUUCCGUUGAGUUCUUCCGCUCAACUCUGGUUUUUUAAGUGUAGUCUGAAAACCAUGCACUUUCACAUUGCUCACAAUUGAGUAAAUCAAAUAUUGUGUCAAUCAUCUUGAGGGGACCGUUCAAAUUGAUCGGUCCGCGAGGUUGUAGAACGUCUAAAUGACCAGAUCAAACCCCCUCCCAAUUUCUCCAAGUUUCCCUCACAAUCCGUCGAUUUUUUUGCAGAUGAAGGCGCCGAGCGGAUACCCCUGUGCGAGCAGCAUUCGCCUCUGGCACUUUAUGAGGUACGUCAACCGCGUUUUUCCUUCUUCUUCUUCUUCUUCUUUCUUCUUCUUCUUUUUCUUCCCCGAUGGAUGUCGAUACACAAACAUCGCUUGUGAUGAGUGAAAACAGAGAUAGAAGAAGAGUGUAAUAACUGUGGUGCCGCUAGACCGGAGGUCAACACGUCUCUGGAUUGAUCCUCAAGGGAUGGACCGUCUGGACCAAAACAAGCGGAACCGCGCAUUUUACAUGGAAAUUUGAUACGUUUGGGCAUAGCGCCGCACACGCUUACCUACAAUAUUUGUUUUUGUUUUCCGAGUAGCCCGGUGGGGAGGAAUGCCGUUGUAAUAUUGUCCGUAUCUCAGCUGCAGGUAGAGAUAUCGAAAAGCGGCCAACUAGAAAAAUGUACAUUUCGGUUUGAUGAACAAUAUAUCAGUUGACAACUUUUUGAUAAAAUCACUGGUGCCCGAGAUACGGUCCCUCAAAGUUGGCGAUAAUUUUUGAUGCCCUCUGCACUGCACACACACAAAUUUCAUUUCAUCUUCUAUUCCUGUCGCCUAAUCCCUUAUUUUCUUGGAAACUUUGUCCCUUUCCGUGUUUGUGACGUCACUGCCCUUUCUUCUUCUUCUUCUUCUCUCUUUCGCUCCAUCUUCUUCUUCUUCUCCCGGUGCUCUUGAAAGUGUCAAUGAGCAAAAAGGGCGGUGAAGAGUGAGUAAAAGCGUCCGAUUUCACGGCGGAUAGCUUUGCAGACACCCAAAAAUUUGAUGGCGCAUAGAACCACCAAGUGGGGCCACCCACGUUCAAUUUUUCAUUUUCAGCAAGACUACUGACACACAAGGCCAGAAAAAUCGGAACAAUGCUCCACAAAUUGUCAGUCUAUAAUGCGACGGAGGCGACGAGUGUCGAGAGCGGACGAAAAAGCCCAAAAAGCGGUGAGUUUCGAGACGGUUCCUGGCGGAUCACAGUGGAUCCUUGUGGUUUCUAGCGCUUGAAAGUGUCGAAAAAUGGCUAUAACCUUCGAGUUGAGGCUAGUACAAGUCAAUGUUUCACACUUUUCGAUUUUUCAACGUUUUUCCACUUGCCAUACCGAACAAACGUUUUGCAAAAAGUGUUGCGCGCUCGCCUAAUCCACUCAUCAAUCAAAGAGCACUUUUGCCGUUUGAUGGGUCUUUAGACCUAUGAACUUUGGCGGGGUACAGUAAUCCAAAGCGCUUCCCCAAUUUUCAAGCCCCAAUGAAAAUUGAUUGAUUGAAUCAAUGAUAUUCGGUAUUUGUAGGCGGCCGCCAAAGAUGGAGCACCAUCAUGGGCGUCUUCCUGCCGUGUCUUCAGAACAUUUUUCGGCGUUCUCUUCUUCAUCCGACUCGCCUGGAUCAUCGGCACCGCCGGAAAUAUUUCAGGCGUUCUUCGUCGAUGCUCACGUGUGUUUCUGUGGUAAGCGCACUGAAACUGUGAUCAACUUCAAUGGGCUAUGCUCUUUAAAAGGCAAUGUCUGAGAACCUCGAAAUUCGCUAAUUACACCAGGUCACUAAAAAUUCCGAAUGCUUCAAAUUGUCCCAUAUUAUACCCAAUGGGUACUUACAUACAUAACAGUGAUACAUCAGACAAGUUUUGGUCCGGCUCCGUGGUCCCUAGUCCGAUCACGAGCCCAAAAUAGGUCAAAACUGUAACUAAUUUCAAAAAAAUGCUAGCGUCUCAGACUGAACGCCAUUCGAUUUCUCGCAUCUUUUUAAGCAUUUUUCAUGUUGGCACCAAAAAUUUAGCACCUCUCCUUCAUGGAGAAAAAUAUUGUUUUGUGACAUUUUUCAGACAAUUUUUCAGUUUUCUGCUCGUCCUGAAAAAUUUUAACACUACAUAGCCAUAAUUUUGUUGCUGAUUCUGAAUCUAUACAUUAUUGUGCUUCGGCAAAAAAAAAGUUCACCCCGAUCUCGUUUUUUUGCCGAAAUUCACAAAAUUCGUAGUACUUUUGCAUGGAAAAAUGUUCGCGAACUUGAGAAAAGUGCGUUUUCUCAAUUUUCAAAGGGGUCUCAUUGCGAUUUUUGUUGUUUUUGUAUGUUUUUAGGCAUUCUCGAUUUUUUGGAAGCAUUUCGAAAAUUUAAAAAAAUUAGACCAAGUCAUGACAAAAUUUUCGAGAAAAAUUAAUUUUUAAAAUUAAUUAAAUGCUUCAUCGAGAAUGCCUAAAACACACGAAAACAACAAAAAUCUCAAAGCGCCCUUUGAAAAGUGAAAAACACUCUCAAGUUCGCAUUUUCCAUGCAAAGUACUACAUUUGCAUUUCGGGCAAACGAGAUCGAGGUGAUUUUGCUACACAGUAAUGUCUAGAUGAGAAUCAGCAAUAAAUCAUGGGUAUGUGGUGCUAAAAUUUUUCAGGAACGAGCGAAAGACGAAAAAUGUCUGUCCAUGAAAUAUUUUCCUCAUGAAGUGUAAUGCUUAAAAGAUGCGAGAAAAUCGAAUGGCAUUGCCAGACGAAGGAAGCAAGCCGAGUUUUUCCCCGUUUUCAGACGUUCCUCACCUCGAUCUCGCUCUCCGCAAUUGCCACGAACGGGUGGUUCCGUCAGGGCGGUCCCUACUACAUGAUCUCCCGGAACCUGGGGCCCGAACUCGGCGGCGCCGUCGGCAUCCUCUUCUACCUGGGCACCACGAUCGCCGCGUCGAUGUACAUCACCGGCGCCAUCGAGAUCCUCCUCCUGUACAUCUAUCCGCAGGCCAAGAUCUUCGACGACAUCUAUAACAACUACCGACUGCUCGGCACCGGUCUUUUGAUCGUUCUCGGCCUGAUCGUGAUGGCCGGCGUGAAGUUUGUGAACCGAUGCGCUCUUCCGCUGGUCAUCGUCGUCAUUUUCUGCAUCCUUUCCGCCAUGCUCGGCGUUUUUGUCCGCUACGACGGCAGCGACACGUUAAAGUUUUGUAUGGUCGGCGAUCGGCCCGUCGACCUGACUUCCUACUACGAACGCACUCGAAUCCUACCCAAUUGCACGGCCGACGGACUUCAGGAGCUGUUCUGCAGUGCCAACGGAACUUGCGAUCAUUACUACGACAGGGUGAGGCGGUUUCAUGUCGAUCAGGCGGAGGCCUCAUUUCAUAGUUUUCAGAUGAAAGACAUCAAAGUGUGGAAGGCGUCGGGAAUGCCGGCGAUCCGUCAGGAACAGGCGAUCAAGGGCAUCGCCUCAGGGCGUCUUCUUCGACAAUCUCUGGCCAAAGUACCUGCGAGCGGGCGAGGUGCUCUCAAAGGAUCGGAAGGACAAGGGCGACGUGAACCGGGGCGGUCAUCCGUCGUACAUCUACGCAGAAUCGGUGACCAACUUCGCUGAUCCUCGUCAGGUGUUCUUCCCGUCGGCGACUGGCAUCAUGGCCGGAUCAGAUCGUUCAGGGUAACCUGAGGGAUGCGGCAAAAAAAGCAUCCCGAUGGGCACACUGGCCGCGCAAAACUUUUCCUCUUUCAUUUUGUAAGUUUUGACGGACUAUAUAUCGCCAGUAAAAAUUGAACUCGUUCAGACCUCCUCAGGUGCUUCUCUUCGGCGCCUCCGUCUCCGGAAAUGUUCAUUCGCGACAAGUACGGUCGUUCCGCGAUGGGCAAGCUCAUCAUCUCGGAGAUCUCGUGGCCGUUCCCCCAAGUCAUCCUCUUCGGCUGUUUUCAUGUCGACCGCCGGCGCCGGAAUGCAGUCGCUCACCGGCGCACCACGCCUUCUCCAGGCCAUCGCCGCCGACGACGUGCUGCCGUUUUUGAAGCCGUUCCGGAAGAUGGACUCGCGCGGCGAGCCCAUCAAAACCAUUCUCCUCACGUUGGCCAUCUGCGAGUGCGGCAUUCUCAUUGCCGUCAUCGAGAACAUCACCGCGCUCAUUACACAGUGAGUUGUUUUGCGAUAUGGCUCUACGAGAACACAACCAAAAAUGUAGAAAGGGGCGUGGGGCCUAGUGUGCACGGUUUAUCACAAUUUUGGCGCGAAAAAAAAUCGAAAUUUAAAAAAAAAAAAUCGAAAUUUAACCCCCAUUUUUCAUGUUUUUCGUCAAAAAUUACCCAAAUUUUGUACGGGUUUCGACGAUGAAAUUGCAUAACUUUAUUAAACUAAUCAUCGCGCGCACUUUUUGAGCUUAAAACGAGCAGGUUUCAUUCAGAAAUGAAUCGAUUGAAUCGAUUUUCAAGUUUUGUGCUGAAAAUGCGCGAAUUUCAGUCAUUCGCCGAUACUUUUUGCCCGUUUGAACGCUUAAAAUACUUGUAUUAACGUGCUUAAUCACUUCCGACACUCACUUCGUCUCAAAACUAUCCACAUCGGACGGUAUGAAAAUUCCGAAAUUGCGGCGGCGAUUGGCCGCGGAGCGCGUAUUGCGAAAUAUGUCAAAAACGUCUCAAACGCGGCAUUUUCACGAAAAUUUCAAUGUUUUCUCUCUUUAAUGUGCUCUUCUUUCGUCGAUAUCAAACACAAAAAAAACGGAAAAGUGCUGGAAUUGCGGCAAUUUUCAGAAAACGCGUCUCAGAUUAGGCCACGCCCCCCUUUCUACACUUUUUUGCUCGCCGGCCGUGGCGCUGGUCGACACAACUUUAACACGAGCAUUUUGAGCAAAUCUGAUGCCGCGUCGAAAGUCUCGGACAAACCGUAAAAACCGCAGGUUUUUCUGUCCAAAGUCGGCCGAAAUUUGCGUGAAAAACGGAAAAUUUCGAAAAAUUUCGUGAAUAACCGUACCCGCUAAAACUACGGUAUUUUUUUUGAAAAUUUGCGCAAGAAAUUUGAAUAUUUUCAAAUAUCCUCAAGAAAUUAACACACAAAUUUUCAAAAAAAGACAUAUUUCUUUGAACACUGUUUCACUGGGUUCUCUUUUUUCUUCAACUUUUCAAAUCAUUGAUAGUGUAAUACAAGCUCCUUUUUCUUCCAGAUUCUUCCUCAUGUGCUACCUGGGCGUGAAUGCGGCGUGCGCCCUCCAAUCCCUUUUAAAGUCGCCGGGUUGGCGUCCGGGCUUCCGUUACUUCCACUGGAUCCUGUCGAUGAUCGGCGCGAUCCUCUGCGUCGCCGUCAUGUUCAUCUCCGCGUGGCACUUUGCCCUCAUCGCCAUCUUCAUCGGCGCCGGCGUCUACAAGUACAUCGAGUACGCGGGUGCCGAGAAGGAAUGGGGCGACGGAAUCCGUGGCCUCGGUCUCUCGGCCGCCCGUUUCGCCCUGCUCAACCUGGACGAUAAGCCGCAACACUCGAGAAAUUGGCGUCCGCAACUGCUCGUGCUCGCGCCCGACUGCGAUUCGGCCACCACCAACGGAAUGCUGUCGUUUGUGAGUCAGCUGAAGGCGGGCAAAGGUCUGACGCUGGUGGCGGGUGUAUGGAGGGCGAGUACGCGGAGAAGUACGUCGACGCGCAGGCGGUGCAGGGAGAAGCUGAAGGCGGUGGUGAAGAAGAACAAGAUCAAGGGCUUCUGCGACGUGCUCGUCACCAACAAUCUCAUCGAGGGCAUCUCGUGUCUUGUUCAGGUUUGCGAUCUCGUAUGUUUGCUGCUUUCCACGCUUCUCUGUCCGCUCUCUUUUCCGGUUUUUAUGAGGUUUUAUGUUAGCCGUCUCACGGUCUCCAGAGCUGACAAUAUGGGCGUGGCCUCGGCGGCCAAAUGGCGUUUUCUCUGAUUUUUGUGGUCAAAAGCGAUGAAAAAUGAUUGUUCGACAUGAAAACACACUAAUUCUCGCAGAAUUAUGGACGUUUUGGCGCAUUUUUCGCGGAUUUCGCUUUUUCGAAUUUUUUUUUUUCCCUAAAACCCGCACUUCUCAUUUUGCGCUUUCUUGACCGUUUUCAGACAGAAUUGAUUUUGAGAAUGAUAAAUCACGUAAAUACAAGCAUUUUGAGCGCUCGAACCGCGAAAAUUACCGAAAAGCAACUGAAAUUCACGCAGUUUUAGCGAAAAACCUUCAAACUUGACCAAAUUUAACGCUCUUGCGCUUAAAAAAUUUGUACUAGCCUAUACAAUCGAUAAAUCGAGAGAAAAAUGAGAAAUUAUCGAUUUUUCGUGGCUAAUCUGGCAAAAAACACAAAUUUAGCUGUUAAAAUUUGAAUUUCGCGCCAGUGUAUCGCUCUAUUCGGCGGGGCGCACUUGCGCCCAUUGUCAGCUCUGGAGACCGUGCGUCUAACUAUGCUUUUCAUUCAUUGUCAUCAUUUCUAGGGCCCAAAAAAACCGACUUUCUAGGACAUUUUUGGAAACAGAUUUCUGCGCAAAAAGUGCCCAACAUCAUAGAACUUUGGAACUUACCAAAUUCCUCACUCAAAACCUUCUAGAAACAGGAAAAAAAGUGCUAUCGUAACAUGUUCACCGCUCGCUCACCGCACCCUCUAUCACUAUCACUUUCCCCGCACACUGUCACACCCAACGCCCACCAAAUCCGCCCUUUUCCAGACCUCCGGACUCGGCGGAAUGCGUCACAACACGGUGGUCCUCUCGUGGCCGGUCGAACGGGACCAGAUGGACGGCGAGCAGCAGUGGAACGUGGCGCACAAGUUUGUGUCGGCGAUUCGAGCCAUUUCGGCGGCGAAAUGCGCUAUUAUGGUGCCAAAAUAUGCGGAGAGGUUCCCGGCGAACGGCACUAAAGUCUCGGGAUUCAUUGAUGUUUGGUGAGUUUCGGAGAGCAUUUUGAAACGGUGCAAACUAUGAUGAUCCCUAUCCUAUGCAGGUGGGUCGUUCACGACGGCGGCCUUCUGAUGCUCCUUCCGUUCCUGCUCCGUCAGCACAAAACGUGGAAGAACACGACGGUUCGUCUGUUCGCAAUCGCGCAACUCGAGGACAACAAUGUGCAAAUGAAGACGGAUCUCGAGAAAUUUCUGUACCAUUUGAGAAUCGACGCGGCUGUCAAUGUUAUCGAAAUGGUUCGUCUCAAAAAGUGAAAAAAAUUGAUUGAAAUUGACACUUAUCAAGAUUUUGAAACAGCAACGUUUGGAAUUGUACAAAUGUUUUUGUACGCAAACUAGACACCUUUUUCUAUGCCUACAAUAGCUCUUGGAAGUUGCAAUACGCUUCUAGAAGCUACCAUAACUUCCAGAAGCUACAGUGAAAGCUUAGUCUCAGUGAUACCAAGAAGAUGUCAACUGACAAAACCAAGUACUAGGUCCCUAGAUUAUGCCCAAAAAAACUUUGAGAACAAUUGAAGGUCCCGAAAAGCAGUUAUGGUCCCUCAAAGUUCACCUUUUUUUCGUUCCAGACCGACUCUGACAUCUCGGACUAUACCUAUGAGCGCACGAUGAAAAUGGAGGAGCGCAAUCAGUUGCUGAAGAACCUGAACAAGUCGGACCGUGAUAAAGACAUUCAGAAUCAUUUUGGAAGUGGUGACGCGGGAACGGAAGUUGAGCCGAAUCAACGAGGAAGCGGUUGGUCCUUCAUAGUUCUAUUCCGUUUAAAAAGAACCUUUUUUUCAGCCGGCAGUGGUCCCUGAACAACGGAACCUGGAGGCUGUGAACGAGGAACAAGAGGACGGCAAAUCGGAUGUGCUCCCUGAGAAGUUGGAGCACAAAGGGAGUCAGAUUUUCGGAUGAUGAGGAUGCGAAGGAGGUCGGAUUAGUGUUUCAGAACUUUGAGGGACCGUAUCAGCGUUUGAAAGGGACCCUUUGUUUCAAAACUUUUUGAGCGUAAUCUAGGAACCUAGUAGUUGAUUUUUUCAGUUGACAACUUUUUCGUACCACCUUUUCUAAGCCUACUACCCCUGAAUCCUGAAACUUUUCAGCUGUUAUCUUUUCUUUCAGCCAAAAGCCGGAAACGGAACUCUGGAGCGGGAUCGCGAGGAGAGACAACGAAAAAGACGGUACAAUGUGCACAAAAUGCACACGGCGGUCAAGUUGAACGAGCUGAUGCGCCAGAAAUCAAGCGACGCUCAACUGGUGUUCGUGAACCUUCCGGGACCGCCGGACGCCGAUUCCGACUCGUAUUGUGAGUGUGCCAUGGCCCAAGUUAUGAGGACUGUGAGCCAGUAGGAUCCACAUGGAACUCUAGAGCCCACAGUUUUUUCGCAACUUUUACUUCUCUUCCAGACAUGGACUUUAUCGACGCGCUAACCGAGGGCCUGGACCGUGUGCUGCUGGUCCGCGGAACCGGUGCCGAAGUGGUGACCAUCUACUCGUAG